ACAUAAGAGGAGUCAGACACAUCACGGAGACGUGUUUUUUCUACGUGCGAGCUGCCGGAGCUGCUCUGUGUUUGUCUGCCGUCGAGGGACGUCCUGUCCAGGGAUCUGACUGAGGCCGGAGCCGCCGAGCUGCUGCUGCUGCUGCUGCCCCUGAAUCCGCACUCACAGCAGCCUCCCUCACCUCCAGUCAGGCCGGUGCACUGCUGCCUCAGACCCAGCUGAGAUGGCUCCCACCCUGGCCACAGCCUUCUCCCGCCGCUGGUGGAUGGCGGUGACAGCCGUCAUCGAGAACCUGCUCUUCUCUGCCGUGCUGCUCGGUUGGGGAUCCCUGCUCAUCAUGCUCAAGUCUGAGGGCUUCUACUCGUACUUGUGUAAAGAACAUGAAAACAGAUCCAGCCUCAUCUUCGCCAACACAUCCACCUCUAAGAAUGCCAGCUCACCUGAAGAGUACCUGGAAAUGAAUGGCUGGUCCAUCUGCAAGGACCAGGACGAGAUGUUGAACCUGGCCUUCACUGUGGGCUCCUUCCUGCUGUCCGCCAUCACUCUGCCCAUGGGCAUCGUCAUGGACAAAUAUGGACCGCGGAAACUGAGACUUGUGGGCAGUGCCUGCUUUGCCUUUUCCUGCCUCCUCAUCGCCUACGGAGCCAGUGAUCCCAACAACCUGUCCAUACUGAUCUUCUUUGCUUUGGCGAUGAACGGCUUUGGAGGCAUGUGCAUGACCUUCACUUCUCUGACGCUCCCCAACAUGUUUGGAGACCUGAGGUCGACCUUCAUCGCCCUAAUGAUUGGAUCCUACGCCUCCUCCGCUGUCACCUUCCCGGGUAUUAAGGUGAUCUAUGAUCUGGGUGCCACCUUCGUCUCCAUCUUGAUGGUUUGGGCCGGCUGCGCCUGCCUCGUCUUCCUCAACUGCUUCGUCAACUGGCCUCUGGAGCCCUUCCCCGGCCCAGAGGACAUGGAUUUCACGGUGAAGAUCAAGUUCAGCUGGCUGGGCUUCGACCACAAGAUCACCGGGAAGCAGUUUUAUCGGCAGGUGACCACCGUGGGGCGCCGCCUCAGUGUCGGCAACUCCAUGAAGCAGCAGCACCAGCCGCCCAAAGACCUGGCCACGCAGGAGGCCAACAAGCUGUGCCUGUCCACCGUCGACCUGGAGGUGAAGUGCAAGUCCGAGCUGGAGACUCAGACCUUCAUGAAAAGCAUCUUCAGUCCAAUCUUCCUGCUCAGCCUCAUCACCAUGUGCGUGACCCAGCUGCGCCUCAUCUUCUACAUGGGCGCCAUGAACACUAUCUUGGAGUCCCUGACGGAUGGGGACCUGAGCACAGUGGAGAAGAUGCAAGUGGUGAGUGUUUACACGUCCAUCUUUGGCGUGCUCCAGCUUUUGUGUCUGGUCACCUCUCCUGUCAUUGGCUACGUCAUGGACUGGAAACUCAAAGAUUGUGAGGACGAGAGUGACAAGUGUGCCAAUAGGGAGCCUGGUCAGCCCCGGCGCCCUAACAAACAGAUCCAGAAGAUCGUCAACGCCACCAGAGCCUUCAUUUUCACCAACCUGCUCCUGGUUUGCUUUGGAUUCACCUGCAUCAUCCCCAACCUGCACCUUCAGAUUCUGUCGUUCGUCCUGCACACGAUCGUCAGGGGCUUCAUCCACUCUGCAGUCGGAGGCCUCUACGCUGCUGUGUACCCGUCCUCUCAGUUCGGCAGCCUGACAGGCAUGCAGUCUCUGAUCAGCGCUCUGUUCGCCCUGCUCCAGCAGCCUCUCUUCAUGGCCAUGGUGGGACCCCUGGAGGGAGACCCUCUAUGGGUGAACGUGGGCCUGCUGGUGCUGAGCAUGCUGGGAUUCUGCCUGCCCCUCUACCUGCUGUGCCACAGCCGCCACCUCCAGCGCCUCAGAGACGAGCGCGACGAGGAUCCCAAGAUCUACGUCCAGAUCAACAACGGCGACAAGCCCGAGGCCUUCGUCUAGAAAGACUGGAGAGUUCAUACACCAAAAAGAGACAGACAGAGAGAAGAAGAAGAGAGGGAGAGGACGGUGGUGGAGGUUAUCAUAGCCUGGGUGACACUUGUGAAAAAUACACUCUGUCUCUCCCUUACACCCCCACCCCCCUCCACACCCCCACACACACACACACACACACACACACACUCUACAUUACACUGCCAGACAUGACUACACACCACUGUGACACCCAGUGUUCCCCUCCUUCAUCUGUUGUGUAUACACUGUGGGAAGUGAGACCCACACAUACACAUCCUCUCCAGCCCUACGGAGAUGUGUGUGUGAGUGUGUGAGUGUGUGUGUGUGUGUGUGUGUGUGUGUGAGUGUGUGUGUGUAUUCAACAGCAUCUCUGUAAUGAGGAGUAAAUAGACUUAUGGGCGAAAGAGGAGGCAACGUUACACGUGCCGCUGAUGGUCGACUUGUUUAUGCUCUGCUGUUCCGUCUUAUAAACCAUCGAAGGAGAAAAGGACAAAGAUUUCUGCCAAUAGAAUGUGUGGGAAUUUUAGAGGAGACAAAUUGUCAGUGACAGUAUUGUGCUUUUACACACAGCCCACUCUACCACAUAUCUGAAAUCUGGUGCGGUGUGAACGUGUUGCCACCACCGAGCAACCAUGGAGUAACUAUAGAGUAACCACAGAGCAAACAAGGGUGUUACUAUGGUGACGGCCUGGUGUCUGUUUUAUUCGUGAGGACUUGAAACAUCCCCUUGGGAGACAAAAUAAAAGUACGUAGACACAAGCGCACACAGACACGCGCACAAGUUGCACCACUGGUCCGGACGUCUGCUUCCUCUUGCGCUGGAGGGCAUUAUCCAAAUAAGAAUCCAUAGACAGCAGUAUUGGUAGCAGUUGAGAUUGAAACACACAGUAUGACAGCACAUGACGCACAGAUGAAUCAGAGUAAAACACAGCAGCAGGAGCCGCAGCUUUGUGUGCGUGUGUGUGUGUGUGUGUGUGUGUGUGUGACAUGAUGCAAUGUGAGAAAGUGGCUUCUGAUGUUUGAAAAACUACACUGCAUGAUUCCAGUGUUGACAUGCUGGUCCUUUAUUACACUUUCACUCAGUCAGUAGUGCAGGAACACACUCAGUAAAGUUUUUUGUUUCUCUAAGUCAUGAAUUCCUAUGUAACCUUUUAUUGUUGUUGUUUUUUUCUUUUUAAAUGUAUUUAUUGCAAUAUGAUUGCAGAUGUACUGUUAAAUCUUUUUUUUACCCUACAUACGAUCUGAAGAUGUGGAGGAGGAAUUAUGUUUCUAGACUAUGUAUACAGGAUGACGAUAUUAGAUGUAGUGCGUUUUAAAAGGCUGCCGUGGCGUAGAGGUGGAGCCCCCUGUUGUUCUGCUCGCUACACACACAUGGGUUUUGGAAAUGUUCAAUUCGUCGUAGCAAUAAGUGCUUCUGUGGGAUGCUGGGCAACGCGUUGACUCACAAUCAAACACACGGACAGGCAUAUAAUGUUUAUGGGCUGUAUCUCUAAUCCACAACGGGUGCUAAUUAAUUACAGAAAUGUGUUUUGUGUAUUUUUGCUAGUUGAAGUCAUUUUACCACAAAGGGCAACACAAUUGGCAUAAAUUUACCAUGCUGUGGUUUUCCAAAGAACCAAUCAUUUCACGUGGCUACUUUUCUCUUGGCUUUUGAUGGAGAUUGUUGAUACUGCACCAUAACACGCAGUGGAGCCACUUGAAUUCACCAGUUACUGACAUAAAGGGACAUUAGCUUGAAGGUAGCAGGCUGAUAAAGACACAUUCGUCCUACUAAAAAAAAAAAGACUGAAAAGCCCAGGAGGCAGGAGCAUUGAGGGUGUAGAGAAUGAUACAGGGGGAUAAUAUUUGCAUUUCGAUUCAGCCCACUGUCUUCAGAUGCCACAGAGUAAAGCUCCAGAUAGUCUCUGCCCGCCAGUAAACUCACAGAGGCACUUCCAAAGACAGCCAUGGCCCUCAGAGUGCCUCUUCAUGAGUACGGGACGAUUGGAGGAGUAGAUUCAAUGUUGCCCACCCAGUCCAGUCCCUCCCUCCAGUCACAUAUCCAUCUAUCUGUUGCUCUCAUCCACCCAUCCAUAAGUCCGCAAACAUGUCGCGAAGUGUUGGCGGAGCUGAGAGACAAGCCUCUGCUGCCACCAGAGGCCCCCAGUGAAUGACUUAGCGAGAAGCGAAUGGCACAUGAUGCACUUUAGACCUUGAAAAUGGACCUCAGUCAUGUAUUUCUGAAUGGCCUGCCCCCCCCCCUCCCCCACCCUGCAACGGACACAAAGCGCAUGGCUGUUUAGUGGUGAUUCAUGAUUCAAUGAAUGUAUACUUAGAGCUUCAGAUGUAGACUUUUAAUUCCGAACAUGAGAAUGGAAAGAUGCUGUUAUUUUUUUAUACUCAGAAAUUGCUUCACGUGUUUCCUAUAUUGCCUUUAUGUGCGUGGACGGUGCGGCAGAGUCUUGUCUCUCAGCUCAGGACCUUUUUGUAAUUGUGGACAUCACCAUAUCACAACUGUAGGACACAAUCAUCCUCAUUCACCUACAUGAUACCUAUCUAGGAUCAGAGAGAACUGUAUGGAGUCAAAUUGGUGCUGGAAUCAUUCAACUGUUUUCUUAGAUGUCAAAUGUAAAGGAACUUCAGUAAAGUAAAGUAUUCUACAUUUCUAAUAAAACCAAAUUCACAUUUGUA